AUGCCCCAGUCCUUAACAGGUGAGGCCUCCACCUAUUUCUCCCGACCUGGAAGAGCAGCCCUUCUUUUUCGCGGCGAGGGCGUGGGGAGAAGGGAGAGGAUGAGUAGUGGCGAGCUGGCGCACCAGAACCGGCCCAGGAGCCGUGACACGGAGAUGGAAUGCGAGGAGGAGGAUGAGACAUGCAAAAUGCUCAGCGAGGAGGAGGAGGAGGAGGUGGAGAUGUGGGACAAGAAGGUGCAGAACCGGAAGGCAUUCACUGGAAGCCUGGAGAAGGGGAGGAGAAUGGAAGAGCCCAUCGAACUGAGCGACGACGCCGAUGACAAUGAGACGAUAAUGGAAAUGUCGAAGAAGGCGGGCAAACACAAGGAGAAGAGGAGGAGGCACAAUGACGAUGGUGACCAUAAGAAGAAGAAGAAAUCUGUGAGCAGCCAUGGUGGUGACAAGAACACACAUAGUGCCGAUCGUGACAAGGAUAAGAGGAGGGACAUGCUGCUCUCGCCCAACAAGAACAAGGACCCUUUCCAUUCCAAGGAGAAGAGCAGGACAAUGCCGAGCAGCCACGGCGGUGAUGGGAAGAUGCAUCCUGGUGAUCACCACAACGAUAACAAAAGCAGUACGAUGUGGAGGUCUGAGUAUGACAAGUACAAGGGGAUUCCAAAAAAGGAAAUGAAGAAGGAUAAGAAACCGUGGCCCGUGCAUAACGGUGGCAGCAGGGAGGAGGAGAAGAAGAAGACAGUGCUCGUUCUAUCCAAGGAGGGCAAAAUGCCUGUGCUAGACAACAGCAGCAACAAGGGAAACAAGUGGAAGAAGACGCCAAUGUUGUAUGAUAAGGUGAAGAAGCCGCGGACCAGUGACAAGGAUGACAAGGCAGGCAGUUAUGACAGAAAGAAGACAACACCGGGCUAUAACGCAGGGCACAAGGUGCAAAGCGGUCACGGAGAGAAGAAAAAAGUAAAAUUUGCAUUCUUCAAGGUUGCAGGCGAACAUUUCGAGGAAUUCCUGUUGAUACCACCAAAGCCGGCAGGGGCAUCCAAAAUGGUGGGCUUGACUAAUCAGCUUGUAUGUCUUGAAGACUCAGAGGGGAAGUCUUCAAUGGUCAGGCUAUCAGUGGUAGAUGGUUCCCUAGCUUUUUAUCAGGGGUGGAGCAAUUUUGUUUCAGACCAUUCCAUUAAGUGGGCUGAAAUCAUCCUGUUUGAGUACACUGGCUGCUCAAAGUUUUCUGUGCGGGUCUUUGGUGCGGAUUCUUGGGAGAGAGUAUCUUUCACUGUUGAAACGCGAGGUGAAGAGAAGAAACAGAAAGAGAGUUAUGCACCUGAUGAUUUGGCCCCAUGUCGGUGCUCUAGAGACAUAAAUGGUCAUCACUAUGUUUCUGGUGAAUAUACUAGGAGCAACAGGCCUAAAACAAAGUCUGAUGGAUAUACGGAUAACGCUGAGGUUUCUCCUGGUAAUUUAGUUGCUAAAUCUGCGAAUGCAGUUCCAGGGACACGUCGUAUGUCUGCCAAUUCAAUAGAAGAUCCUAACGGAGUAGUAGGCGGGAUCGUAGGUGGAUCCUCAAUGGCUCCAGAUAACAAGGAUGGACAUUUGGCGAAUGGGAAGCACACAGGAAAUGCUAUUUUUCCAUCAUAUAUAAAAGCUACUACAAGGAGCCCUGAAACAGUUGUAAUUGCCGACGAAGCUCCUUUAGCACAAGAAAAUAAGGACACAGUGGCUCUUGAUAACAAGGAAGCAAAUCUGACCAUUGGAGAGUGCAAAACGAAGUGCAAUGCUUCAAUAACUUGCAACAAUGAAAAAGCAACUAGGCUUGAUUUAGUCCCAGUUACUAUUGAUGCAGCUCCAUUGUCACAAGAAAAUGGUGAUGCAGUCGAGCUAAUGACAUUUGCUGGUCACAUAGAAGAUGCAGUCAUGAUGAAGGAAUCUACUUCGGCAAAAUGUGCAGAAAUACACGGUUCAGACGAAGAUUUAAGGAGGAAACAAGAAGGAAAUACAGUUCGAUUAGAAUGCACUGCUGCUGCGGACAAAUUUCCUAGCAAUAACAAGAUGGACACCAAUGGAAAUGCUUGCAGCAAAUAUGAAUAUCCAGGAGGUUCCCAGUGCUUGGGGAAAUGGAAGGAGGCUACUGUGAGUGGUCGAGAGUCUCUUGAUGGCACUGAACUGAUUAGACCUGAAAAAAGACUGAAAACUGAGGAGAAAUUGGUUGGUGCAAUGGGAGUAAACCCUGUUGAACGCGGGUAUGAUGGCACUCACUCCUGUGUGCCUAGCCAAAUAUCAGAGUCUGGGCUUACUAGGACGAAGAUUGAACAUUCUGUCAAUGGAAAAGGCGCUACUGGUAAACCUGAAACAAAAAUAGAGCAAGUGGGACCCGUGGAAAGCAUUGGAUGCAGACAGGAAAGGAACAAUAUUUCCAUGAGUGCCAACCGUGCAGUUGCACAUCAGACAGAACAUCAUUUCUUCCGACAGGAGGAUGCGAAGUCUAGCAAUCCUGCGCCCCCGGUGCCUUUGCUGCCUGUCAAGGUUGAAGUUUCGGAGUUAGAUGAUCAUCGUCCCGUAUUGAAGGCCAGUUUACAGUUCGUCGUCCCUUCUACCACUCAGACAAGGCUUUUGUGUGUUGAGGUUUAUCAGGAGUUACCCGAUCCACUCUCCAAUGCUGUUGGGCGCAAAGGGAGGCUGGACCGGAACAUUGUAAUGCUGAAGGAUCCUAUGAAGAGAUUAUGGCCGGUGUUCUACCAUGAGACCUCCUUAUUCGUGGGCUUUACCGGUGGCUGGAAAUCUUUCGUCGCAGCAAACAAGCUUGAGGCGGGGGAUCUCUGCGUGCUUCUGAUGGACCUGGAUGAAGAUGAGCUAGUGUACGAUGUUGAGAUCACCAGGAAAUGA